AUGUACCCACAGCCAGGUGCCCCGAUGGCGCCUCCCCAGAAGCCAGAGACGUUUAUGCUGUCAACCGAAGCUCAACAGAGCCUGCCUCAUGACGCGCAGGUCGCUUUGCAACAGGUCGACAACUUGAAAUAUUUCCUUCUUUCGGCUCCUGUCGACUGGCAGCCUGACCAGCUAAUCCGUCGUUUCCUGCUGCCGACCGGAGAUUACGUUUCCUGUGUCCUUUGGAGCAACCUCUUCCACAUCUCCGGAACCGACAUUGUGCGAUGCCUGGCCUUCCGAUUCCAGGCCUUCGGCCGACCUGUGAAGAACUCGAAAAAAUUCGAAGAGGGUAUCUUUUCCGACCUGCGAAACCUGAAAGCGGGGACGGAUGCGACUCUGGAGGAGCCCAAGAGCGCUUUCCUGGACUUCUUGUAUAAGAACAACUGCAUUCGCACUCAGAAAAAGCAGAAGGUCUUCUAUUGGUAUAGUGUGCCGCACGACCGGUUGUUCCUCGACGCGCUCGAGCGCGACCUCAAGCGCGAGAAGAUGAACCAAGAGGCGACGACCGUGGCCGUUAGCGAGCCGGCCUUGUCUUUUGAAUUCGACUCGUCCCAGUCCUUGUAUGAGCAGUUGACCAAGGCGCAGCAAGCAAACACUUCUUCGUUUGCUGCCCACGCAAGUACGACAUAUGGCCAGCCUUCUUCCCCUGUGGUUCGGAGCGUUGACGCAAUGCCUCCUCCCCAGAUGGCUCCCCCGGCGAUGCCGCUCUUGCAGGACGAGCAUGCGAACCAGACGAUGUACAGCACUCCCCAGAUGCCCCUCUCCAACAACCUUCUUCAAAGCAUCAUUAAGCGCGAGCAAGACUACGGACACAUCCAGUACGACCGCAAUGGGAUGCCGCUUCCUCGCAUCCACCAGCGUCAUUCAUCUAUGCCGACAUUCUACGAGUAUUCUCCAGCCCCUUCCUUUGUUUCGUCGCAAUACGAAGAUUAUAGCAAUCGCGGUCUUUCCUUCGAGCCCGUAACACCUCCGCAACACUCGGUCGGGAUGGGUUCGGAGCCUGCCUACAUUGCCAACGAGGACACCGGUCUUUACACGGCGAUUCCGGAUCUGUCGAAUACUGCGCCCUACAACCCCAUGAUGCAGCUUCCGCCUUCCAACUUCGCUGGUGCUCACUAUGGUGUUCCGCGGCCGUACUCUUCCAAUGCGUAUUCCGUCAUGGAGGGUUCUCCCACCUACAAGCAAAGAAGGCGACGACCUUCCAUCACUCCCGGGCCCAGCGGUGGUGUUCACAUGGCCAACGGAUCUCAGGGACCUGCCUCGGUCGCACCGGUCGCCGAGAGCGAUGAGUCUGCGCACGAUCUUUCCCACACGACGUAUCCAAGCGCCAUGCUCCCCCAGAAGGAUCUGUUGCAGGAAAUUUCCCGUCACGGCACUCCUCUUCAGCAUAUGGAGCAGGCCAUUGACCACAGCUCUGUGCCGGUGAGCCAUGCACCAAGUGAGGUGACCUCGAUGCCCCACAGCACCGCAAUGGAGCCGGCCAUGCCCCAUAACAGUGGACGUUCAGAUCGUGCAGGUCCGGGGCCGGCGCGUCGCGCGAGAAGUGCGACAAUGAUGGAGGUGGGACCUUACCCCCAGAAAUCCCAUUCUUGCCCCAUCCCAUCUUGCGGUCGCCUCUUCAAGAGGUUAGAGCACCUCAAAAGACAUCGCCGCAUUCACGAGGCUCAGCAGGAUGGUCAGGCGCCCAUGGGACAUGAGGAUGACCUGGAAAAUGAUGGCAAUGAAUUUGAAUCUGCCGGCGAAGAAACGACGUCUCCUGUGCAUCACGUUCCCCAUUCGAUGGUUCAGAUGCCGCCUAUGCCCCCGAUGGCCGCCUCCAUGACCAUGGCGACAUCCAUGCCCACAAUGGUCGCGUCGACGCAUCCGAUGAUCGCUCCUCAGCUCUUGCAGCAACCGAUGUAA